GUCGGUUGUUUUGGUUUCGCCGAUCAGAUGUUCCUCGGAGCCUCGUUUGAAAAAUCCGCCAGGCAUGGAUUAGCAUCAUGAUCAGCACUCCAGCGAGAAGGAUAUCUCUGCGCAGAAAAAGGUGUGCUGGAAAUGCAGGUAGUUCUGAUUCCCCAGUAUCGAAGAGAGUCUCGCCAUCAAUUGAGGAUCUAGAUGAGGAAGAGUUAAAGAGCAGUCGUGAUGAUUCUCACGUCAAGGGUUCUUACUAUGUCAGGAAUGUGCAAGACUCUGUUGUUGCCAAAUUGCCAUCCACACCAAAGAAUACUGUGGGGGGCAGGAAUGAAGAACGCAAAGUGGAUCAGCAGGAUCAUCAUCAGCAGCACUCCCCAGACACACCCUUCAUGAGCAGUCAGUUGUGUGGGACGCAGGAAUGUGAGGUGGUGUGGGACUGCAACUCCCCAGGAUAUUCCAAAGAUGACUUGAAAAGGAUGCCUGGUGGAGAUUACAAUGAUGUAACUGUGUCCUCGCCCAUAACGUUUGUGGCUCCAGCACCACACCGCAUGUUGUUCCCAAGGUCACGAAUGCGUUCUCAGCCAAGAUCAGCUAAGGAUACAACUGCCCAGUUGGAUGAACUUUUAAAUCAACUUAGCACAAAAGGCCACAAGUCAAAUAGAUCACCAGUAAAUGAACCUACAGUACCAGAUGGUGAAGAAAAGCUCAUUCCCAAUGGAGAUUCUUGCUCCCCUCCAUCUGAGGAGCUGGGUCUCUCCCCAUCCACUCCACCUGAAGUGCCUGUACUCCAUCAAUCUUCUCAGCCAUUUGAAGUCCACGAAAUAGUCCGGCAAGAGGAAGCGGGGGACAUUGCUUCAGACACAAGUGCAGCAAAUGCGUUUGAAGACUCGCUUUGGGGGGAUGACCUGAAUAUGGGAGUCUGUGAUAUCAGUGGUGUCAGUGAAGCCAGUGACUCCGUUACAAAAGAGAAAUUGAAUGUGAUAGCUAAUGAGAAAGAAAAUGUGCCAGUCACAGAUGCGGUGAAAGAUGUUGUAGAUAUGUCUACUGAUGUGUUUGAUGAUGACUUAUUUAAUGAUUCUGUGAUAAUGUCAACACAGGCUGUUGAAGAGGCUAUGGUGCAGAGUUAUAAAUCAGAAGCUAAGUCAGAUACUUUCGGAAUUGAAUCCCUGAGCAGCAAAGUGAAGGGAGUAGGGAUAAAUGUACGUGGUAAAAGCUAUGCAGAAAAAAGAAACUUCGUUGCAGGUAUAAGAAAAACUUCAUCUGUGUCAGAGGAUGAAGGUGUGGUACUUAGUCAAACAGCAGUGAUGGGUAAGGGAGUGAAAGAGAGGAAUCUUGAAAUGCACUGUUCAGGGGAUCAAGUGCAAAGUGUGAAAAAUGCAGAUGCUUUGUCUAGAUACAAUAAAGGCAGUGGAGCAAAUAAUAUGUUGUAUGCCAAGAAAAACGAACAGGAAAAGUUUGUUCAGACAUCAGAUGGUAACAGAAGAGAUAUUAAUGAAAACCAAGUAUCAGGCAGGAACAGUAAAUCUUCCAGUGAUAGCAUGAAUGAAAGCACAAAAAGCAAGUCCGGAAAAACAAGUCCAGUUGUUGGCAAGCUAAGAAAGUCUCCCGUAAGAGUGGAUGCACCUCAGAGAAGAGUGCGGAGCUCUUUUCUUCUAAGCUCUGCAGCAUCCGCCCAACCCAGGGUAAAACCUCAUCUGCAAGAAAGCACUGGUGAUGGUGAAUGUAAUGCAUAUCUUGAGGAAAAUAGUUCUAGUAAGAGAAAUAAUGAUGCUUUUAGUGUUAACCAGAGAAUAUCAAGUAAGCCUGAAAGUACAAUGGUAGGAACAAAAUCAGAUUUAUCAGAAAGAACACACAAUGUAAAUGUUACAGCCCCCUUGACGAACAAGUUUUGCAGUGUUUCAAACUCUGCUUCAACCACAGUACAAGGAACAAAGUAUAUGAACCAAGACUAUGGGAAUAUACAAGCCAAAAGACCCUUAUUCAGGAAUGAGGAAAGCAACAAGGAGAAAUUUAGUGAUAGAGCCCAGACAUCAAAAGGGCAACUCUCACGAUCACAUUCGACAGAUGACGCCCAGGCAAAAGCUACAAAACAGACUUCAACCUUCAGGCGUGUGAACAGUUCAGCCAGUGUUGAACUUUCUCGUGAAUUUGAAGAAGAUGAUGAGUUCUUUGAGGCCAUACUGUGCACACUACCGGAGGAAGAACAGCUGUAUGAAGGAACCAGUCAAGCUAUAGCCCCUAAAACAUCACUUGGCAAACUUGAGAACUUGAAAAGUGGUUGUUCGUUGAAAUUUAACCAGCAAAGUAUUAGUAAAAAACAAAUGGCAAAUCAGCAAGAACAUCACAAACCAAUGACUGUAGGACCUGUCAGCACAUUAGGCAUUACAAAACCUUUGCAUGGUGUCACUACACAUGAUGUUUCAGGGUUUAGAAAUAUAAAAGGUGCUUCUUCCAAACCUACGACAAGACCACUACAAAGUGCAAGGGAGGAUUCAAGAGGGCCUCAGUUCAAAUUUUCAUCAGGCAGAGGGAGAAGUACUUGUCAAGAUGAUGUUCCAUCGGUGCCUAAAUCUUGUACUCCUGUGCAGGAUGAUUUUGGAGCAAGUGAUAUUUUGGAUGAUGACUUCUUUGAAGAUGAUGUUCUAACAUUUAUAGAAGAAGUUGAAUCUCAGUAUAGCAGUCAGCACUCGCAUGGGGAAGCAUCAAAUUCUCAGCCAUCACAUUCGCAGCAAAUGAAGUGUACACAAGAGGAAAUAGCACGCAAGAAGGAAGCUGCUCAACGCCUGCGGGAACAAAAACAGAGGCAGCGACAUAUGUCAGGUCAUUACCGGCCAGUGUGCUAAGAAAGCUGAUGGAUAUAAGAUAGGAACCCGAAUUGUUAUUAGACUUACUUUAACUGUUAGUUAUAAUAAAAGUUACCUCUAUUGAUAGCAGUUGAAAUUACUUCAGAGAAAUGGAUAAUGUUUUGGCAUAUAUAUUAGACAGGAUACUAAGGAAAUAGUGGUUAUUGUAGCAUUGCCAAAGUGUUAAAAUGCAUUGUAAAUAAGUGUUUAAACAAAUUUUAACUGUACACAGUUCCUUUACAUAAUUUCAGUGACAUUCCUGUAAGCUGUUGUCAAAUAUAUUUACACAGUUUUGUUAUCUGUGAUACUUGAAUUGUAGAAUGUGUAGACUACAUUUUCUCAGUAGUCUAAUAAAAUGUACACUUUUAGCUGAACUGAAUCUAUUAUCUGUAUGUCUUUAAGAGUUCAUUACAUGCAAGAGAA